ACCUGUCAUUGAUCAUAACCUCACAUAUAUUUUGUAAAGAUUUCCGAUAAAUGUGACUGUAUGAUGUGUUCUUGUUAAUAAUUUACGAAUGUGCACGGUAUUUACCUUUUAAAAACAAGCACAAAACAUGUCACACUUCACUGAACAUUUAAUUAUCGGGUCCAUUCUCUCGACUCUUUUUAUAAUUUUCAAUUACUCUCUUCACAGAAUAGAGGAGGGCCACGUUGGAGUCUAUUUUAGGGGCGGCGCUUUACUACCAGCUACGAGCUCACCUGGGUAUCACAUGAUGAUCCCUCUAUUAACAUCAUAUAAAUCUGUCCAAGUCACUCUUCAAACCGAUGAAGUGAAGAAUGUUCCUUGCGGUACCAGUGGUGGCGUCAUGAUCUACUUUGACAGGAUAGAAGUAGUUAAUCACCUCAAUGCCAACAGCGUUAUGGACAUUGUGAGGAACUACACUGCCGACUAUGAUAAGACUUUAAUCUUCAAUAAAGUCCACCACGAACUUAAUCAAUUCUGCAGUAUUCACACUUUACAUGAAGUUUACAUCGACCUUUUUGACCAAAUUGAUGAAAAUCUGAAACAGGCUUUACAACGCGAUUUACUAGAAAUGGCGCCAGGUUUGACAAUUCAAGCCGUAAGAGUAACAAAACCAAAGAUCCCUGAAGUCAUUCGCAAAAAUUAUGAGUUAAUGGAAGGCGAGAAAACGAAAUUGUUGAUCGCAACGCAGCACCAAAAAGUUGUCGAAAAGGACGCUGAGACUGAAAGAAAAAGAGCCGUUAUUGAGGCGGAAAAAGAAGCCCAGGUUGCAAAAAUCCAGUACCAGCAGAAAAUUAUGGAAAAGGAGUCGCUGCAAAGAAUUGCGCAGAUUGAAGAUGAGAUGCAUCUUGCCAGGCAGAAGAGUCACGCUGAUGCCGAAUUUUACAGUAUGCAACAACAAGCAGAGGUUAAUAAAAUUCUGUACACAGCUGAGUACCUUGAACUGAAGAAGUAUGAAUCAUUGGCGCAAAAUAGUAAGGUUUACUUUGGUAAUGAUAUUCCUCAAACUUUUGUUACAUCAUCAUCUUAUCCUGUUGAGACUAUCACUGAUAAAAAAAAGUUAGAAACGAGACCUUAAACUAAAGAAUAAUUGUGAUGUGUGAUUUAAUUAUUAAGUUGGUAAUAAAUUUGUUCACGUGUGAUAUUUGAAAAAAAAGUGCAAAGCAUUUUUUAUAGAAUUUAUUUACAACAAUAAAAAACAUAAAAAUGA